AUUGUAUACAGAUCCACUGACGGGUAAAGACGGAGUUGCUUAAAAUGGUCGCCACAACUGUCAGUGUACAAGUACGUAUGUAGGGCGGGGAGAUUCGUGUUAUUUGCGAUCUUUCAAACCAUGUCCGUAAAUUUUUUCAUACCGAAGAUUGCAAACUGACAAACUGCGAAACGUGUACAACCAAAGCAGUGCAUCAAUAAUGCACUAAAACCGUGUGUUUUGACAUUCGUUUCUAUUAAGUGUUAGAGUGUGUGUGACAACCUAAUCAGAGGUAAACAAUACAUCUUUCGUCUCUUUUCAACUCAUCUACCUGAAGAUGGCCCUCCCAAACGCACAACUAUAAAUGCCUUCCAACAAAUCACCCAAACAGGCCAUAGGGGUCAAGAUGAAGCAACAGCCGUCUAGGAAAAAAGCCAGCGUCGAAGAUUCGGUCUCGGAAACGAUCUCGUUCGUGAUAAAAGGCAAACUCACGCCCAUCAAGCCGGCCCACGUGGCGAAAAAAGUGAGUGUCCGCAAAAUCGGUAAAAACGUAACACGUAAAGAAACUACAAGUGCCGCCGAAGAUUCUAAAACCGCGGGUCGUGACGUCGAAACGAAGGAAGAAACCGAGACAAAACCGCCUAAAAAAAAUAAAAAGGUGGUCGAUUCGGGCAGUGCGUCCAAACACAAAAACAAACUUCUCCUGAGGAAAACCGCAGUUUCUGUGAAACAAAAUGCAUCCAAAAAGGUUGUUAAACUGAAGAAGGAGAAUGAUAAGAUGACGAAAAUCAUCAAGAAAUUAAAACCCAAAAAAUUACUCCAAGGAACUGACGAAACUGAAAAAGAAGAGGAACAAGAUUCUAAAACUGAUGUUAAGAAGAAAACGAUGGUGAGAAAAAUUUUGAAGCAAGCGAAAGAGGUACUAGACCGAAAAAAACCAAAACUAAAUUCUAAAACGAAAGUAGUCAAUAUAAACAAACCAAAGAUUUCUCAAAGAGUGAUUGCGAAUAAAAAUAAACAGGUAGCUAAAAUACAAGAUGAAAUUAAUGAGGAAAUAUCGGCACCUCAAGAAAAAGAAGCAGAUCUUGUUGUUGAGAAGGAAGAAACACAAAAAACCUCUAUAAAAACUGAAAACAAAGAUGACUCUACAUCAGAUGAUAAUAAUCUGGAGGAAAUUAGGAGAGCCCUCAAAUCUGGCGCUAAAGAAUCCCAGAAAACUAAGGAAAAAACGAAGAAACCUAUAUCGAAGAAUGCGAAAUUACAACAAACCAAGAAGGCUAUCAACAAGAUCAAGAAAGCGCGAUUGGAAGAACAGAAAUUGAGAAAACUCAAAUUGUACGGCUUUUGGAAUGGACCUAAAAGAAAACGUGUGGCUUCUUUGAAUGCUAUAGCGAAAGUCCAUUGUCUGUACGAAAACGAGGGUAAAAUCAGCAUGCUGGACAAUCCUGAAAUGAUACCCAUCAAAAGGGAAGUGGUGGACAAAAGCUCAAAGACCAAUGAGAAGAAAAUGGAAGAGGAAGCUGAGGAAAGUCCGCCUCCCCAAAGAAGUCUUCGUUGUUUGCCAGGUCUGAGAGGUGUGGGUAAACAUUGGGACAUGCAUAACGCUUCAAGCUCCAGCUCCGAAGAAGUCAGUAGCGACGAAGAACCUGAACCUAAGAAGGUCGUCAAGGUCAAGAAGGAACCCCCGAAAAAAACCGAGGAAAUCAAAGUUCCCAAGAAGAGGAAACGCAAACAGACUGAAAUCAUCAUGGACUUGAAAGACAUGGUUGUCAGAAAACGCAUGGCGAGCCUCAACGCCACGGCUAUCCUCGCCGCAAGUUAUUCGCAAGAGAAACGAAAUCCCAGAAGUCCGAAGAGCGAUAGAACCGAUGAUACGGACAGCUCGGACGAUGAUUUAACGUCGGACGAUGAACAGGAGGAGAGGAAAUGCUACGAGGACGACGUGAAAAAGGAGGAUAAAGUGAUCGAAGUGCACACCAAGCCGAACAAGAAGGUGGCAGUGAUUGUGAAUCAAGAUACUGAUGUUACCAUCACCGGCGUUUACGUUAAUAGCACCACCAGGUCCACACAUCAUGAGGGCUACUGCAGCAUCGCCGGAAUGCAGUACCGUAUUUCAGCCACAAGCCAUACGCAAACGGCAGCAACUGCAGUUGCUACCGAGACUUUGCUGCAGUCCAGCACCUCGAGCAGCGGUCCUGAAAAUAACAACGCGGAGACUUUGACGCCCACUGGGAAGUCGUACAAACCGUUGGACGCCCUGUCGAACAUGCGUCCACCUAGCGACGGUGCUCCUCAUCACGGACACCAGAGUAUAGUGCCCCCGCAGCACGUUAUGGCGAUGUCGCCCAGUGGCGUGCGGCAUAGCUGCACCAGCGCGUUCACCGCUCCGCAUCCUAGUGCUUAUCAUCACGUGGGACCGGGUCACCAUGGACCGCCGCCACCUCCUCAAUCGACGAUUAAUGGGGAAUCUGGAUAUAUUCACGGUGAGCUCAUCUGCCAGCUGGGAUUUUCUUGUUGUCCAGAAAGAGGAUAUUAUCAACCAGCUGGUCCGUUAAUAACAGUGCCUUUAGGACAUGGUCAGCCUCCUCUGGCCAAGAGUGCCCCAUUGUCAGAGACAUCUCCUACGACACCAUCACCGUUGAGUUCACAUCCUCAUCCGCCACCAAGUAACAACGGAGAUUCUUCAGACAGUGAGGUGAUCAUAACCUCGGUGACUGCUGGAAAAGACGUCGGCCCCCCACCACCACCUCCUCAAGGCCACAGUUCAUACCGAUACCAGUACCCCCCAAAUGUGCCUCCAGCGAACUACAGCUACCCAUACUCGUCCCAUUAUUACCAUCCUUCUCCAGCGCCCCCGUCCUAUCCACCCCACGACGUGUGCUAUUCACCAGGUCCUUAUGUCCAUCACAAGUUUCCUCCAACUUCCUACAGGCGGUACUUGGGAGGGCCGCAAUACUACCCUCCAAACCCACCGCCCUCUCAGGAAAUUUACGCGAUGCCCGCGCACGCGCAGCCUAGUCAACAGGUAGUUACAACUACGCCAGUAUCUGGAUCAGGAACUCCGUACCAAAAUCCCUUGGGUCCAACUGCUUCCUCAACGAUUUUAGAACAAUACCCACCUACGCUAGUAGAAACAUAUCCUGCUCACUAUUAUACUGGAUAUCCUCCUGGGCCUCCAUCGACGUGUUAUUCCCAUGCGCCGCCACCAAGAGCUGUUCCAUUCAUAAAUGGAGCUUAUCAAAAUUGUCCUUGUCCCAUGCAGUCGUGUCCAAAAAACGGACUUACUGGACCUCUUACUGGUGAUAGUAAGAGGUCUAGUACCCUUCCUAAAGGCAACAUGCCACCGUUGCCUCCUGUAGCCUUAGCUCUUCCAAAGGAGCCGACCAGUGACGGACCACCAAGUCCCGCUAGAGGAUCAGCUGGGAUGCCCCCUCCACCUUCUCCGGCGGGAGCUACUUACCAACAACAGCCUACGCCUCCCACAAAACAGGAAAGCAUAUCACCAGAAAAUCAAAUGCCAAUCGAAAAGAAAAGGAAAGCCAGAGUUGGGAAAGCAAUGGUCAGAAGUAAUAUGCAGAACACCAUGUUGCUGAUGUGUAACCCAAGCAAUAUUAAUUGCGUUAAAAGGGAAAUCGAAAGCCCUAAAGAGAAAGAAGUCAUUAUCGUGCCUGAUAAAGAAGAUGUUGCCUUAAAUAUUGAAUCUAAAAUCGUCACAAAAUUAGAAACCCCAUCUCCGCCACGCGUUGAGCCUGAAAUCGUAACCAUUCCUGAACCAGUGCAAACGGAACCUGUCGCGAAAAUCGAAGAAAAACCGGUUGAAAAUCCCAAGCAAGAAGAAACAAUUCUCGAACCUGUCUUGAGUACCGUUGGCGAAAAUGUCAAGGUCAAAAACAUGAAGAGAAAACUAUCCCUGAGCGUUGAAAGAAAAGAGGAGAACUCUACUAACCCUAAGAAACAGAAGACGGAAGUGAAAGUAAAUGGUUCCUACAAAAAUCUCAUAAAGAGAAACACAAGUAGCGUUAAGAUAAACAACGGUAAAAGAAAACUCAUUCAGGAAUCGAAAUUACCUCAUAAUUUAUUACCUAGAGCGACUGCUUUGCGAAGAAAGGCACAAAACAAACGUAAACUUUGUUCUUCCAAACAAACAGCUAACACCAACGCUAAAAAAUCAAAGCAAUCAAAAUCAGCCUUAUCAACGGAGAAUAACACCAAGCAAAAUUGUAAAUCUGUCGAAGAUGCACCACCUAAGGACCUGGUUGAAAGUAAAGAGAACAUCAAACGUGGCUCCACUCAACCUGGCACCAAAUCUAAUCAAAAACAGGCUGCUAAUGUGUUAGACAAUCUUAUUGCUAAGAACAACGUGGACAGGACGAUUGAGUGUGUGAUAAGUGAUGCCAUUAGGACAAGUACUGUAUCUAAAAAGACUGAGAAGGUGAAAGAAGUUAAAGAACCGCCGGUGCCAACGUCUGUGACUGUGAAAAAAAGUACAAAGAAAACGUGUAGACAAUUAACAACAAGUAGGAAGUCUAAAAGUAAAAAUGUGACCGAAGUUGUCCCGACUAAACCGUUGAAAUCUUUGAAUUCGCUCAGAUGGUCCAAUGGUUGGAACUGGGAAGGAGAUUCCUACGAAGCCAAAGUCUUCUUGAAUAGUGACGAAACAACUGUAAUCAGAAAAUGCUAUCCAUCCAUGAGGCACCAUUCUGGUGACCUCAUAGAAGUUAAGGACUGUGUUUUAUUGAAGGCUGGUGCUAGAAGGAAUGAGCUUCCAUUUGUUGCAAAAAUUGCAGCUCUAUGGGAGAAUCCUGAAGAUGGUGAAAUGAUGAUGUCGCUUCUUUGGUACUACAGACCAGAACACACCGAACAAGGCAGGGUACCAGCUGACCAACCAGAUGAAGUAUUUGCAUCACGUCAUAAAGACUCUAACAGUGUUGCUUGUAUCGAUGAUAAAUGUUAUGUACUUACAUUCAAUGAAUACUGCAGGUACAGAAAGAGUUUGCGGCGGAUAGAAGAAGGCAUAGAAGAACAAAUCUCUACCUGCAUUCCAAUAUCCGAGUCAUAUCCAAGAUCUCAUCGGCAGCCACCUCAGAAUAUAAAAAUAUCCCCAGAAAUGGUAUUUUUCUGCAGAAGAGUAUAUGAUUUCCGACAAAAAAGGAUCAUAAAGAAUCCUUCAUAACUUAUUUUUCCACCAAUUAAAGUAAAUCUAAUUUCUGUUGAUAUUUGUUAUGUUAUUUUAUAUAUAAUAUUUAUGAUAAAAUAAUAUAUUAUUACAUUGUAUAAAAUUGCGUAAGAUCUGGUUCUUCUUCAGGAGGAUUAUCGUCAUAUUCAAGAUCUUUUUAACCCAUCUGAAGUAUUCAAAUUCACUGUUCAUAGCACAUCUAUCACGUUAUUCCCAUUUAUCUUGAUUAUUUGAUUUGAGAAACUUUUAAGACAAAGUUAAUUUUCAUUUUAUACUUUUUAUACUUGAAAAAUAUUAUAACAUGACAAUAAUCCAACUCAAAAAGUCUUCAGAAAUAAAUUGUGCUAAGUAAAAAAUCAAUCAAAAUACAGAUUAAGUUCAAGUUGAUUAAAAAGAUAUAUUGAAAAACCACCAAUCAAUGUCAACACAAAAUGUCUUUCGGAGUUAAAAAAUUUGAUACAAAUACAUAUUGUUGAAUAAAAGAAAGGGAACAUUGUAAAAAACUAAUUAUCAAUAAUGUUGUAUAGAGUAUAGAAGAGAUUAUAUAUUUAAACAAAAAAGCAUUAUUCGUAUUUAAUAAAUAGCCUUUAGAGCAUGUGUAAAUGGGGUGUGCUUAAUAGGUACUAGAAGUAUCCGUCAAUGUCGUCUUAUACAUUGUUUCGUGAUUGAUUAGCUCACUUUUCAUCUAUAAGCUAUAUUGAAUGAUAGUAGGAAAACACAUUUUUUGGAUGUACUCAGAAUUGAGAAUUAAUUAAUCUGAUCCAAGCAUAUAAGUAUAUAUAUGUAUAUACAUUUUUAUUUUUUAU